AUGGAUCACACGCGCGACCCCUGCCCCUGGGUUAUCCUCAAUGACUUUGGCGGCGCGUUCGCCAUGGGCGCGAUAGGCGGCACGAUCUGGCACGGCAUCAAGGGCUACAGGAACAGCCCGUACGGCGAGCGCCGCAUCGGCGCCAUCUCGGCCAUCAAGAUGCGCGCCCCCGUCCUCGGCGGCAACUUUGGCGUGUGGGGUGGCCUGUUCUCAACGUUCGACUGCGCCGUCAAGGGCAUUCGCCAGAAAGAGGAUCCUUGGAACAGCAUCACGGCCGGUUUCUUCACCGGAGGAGCUCUCGCCAUCCGUGGCGGAUACAAGGCUGCCCGUAACGGUGCCAUCGGCUGCGCGGUUCUGCUCGCCGUCAUCGAAGGAGUCGGUAUCGGCUUCCAGAAGAUGUUUGCCGGAAGCACGAAGCUGGAGAUGCCCCAGCCCCCGCCUUCGAACGAGCAGGCAUUGGCUUAG